GACGGCGAGAGUGGGUGGGUGGGUGAGCGAGUGAUCGGCGGAGAUGAGCACGGCGGCGAGGCCAGGGCGGCGGUUCACGGUGGGGCGGAGCGAGGACGCGACGCACCCGGACACCAUCCGCGCCGCCAUCUCCGAGUUCCUCGCCACCGCCAUCUUCGUCUUCGCCGCCGAGGGCUCCAUCCUCUCCCUCGGGAAGCUGCACCAGGGCACGAGCACGCCGGGAGGGCUGGUCGCGGUGGCGCUGGCCCACGCGCUGGCGCUGGCCGUGGCGGUGGCGGUGGCCGUCAACAUCUCCGGCGGGCACGUCAACCCGGCCAUCACGUUCGGCGCGCUCCUCGGCGGCCGCGUCUCGCUCGUCCGCGCGGUCUUCUACUGGGUGGCGCAGCUGCUCGGCGCCGUCGUCGCCACCCUCCUCCUCCGCCUCACCACCGGCGGCAUGCGGCCGCCGGGGUUCACGCUGGCGUCGGGUGUGGGCGACUGGCACGCGGUGCUGCUGGAGGCGGUGAUGACGUUCGGGCUCAUGUACGCCUACUACGCGACGGUGAUCGACCCGAAGCGCGGCCACGUCGGGACCAUCGCGCCGCUCGCCGUCGGCUUCCUCCUCGGCGCCAACAUGCUCGCCGGCGGGCCGUUCGACGGCGCCGGGAUGAACCCGGCGCGGGUGUUCGGCCCGGCGCUCGUCGGCUGGCGCUGGAGGCACCACUGGGUGUACUGGCUCGGCCCCUUCGUCGGCGCCGGCCUCGCCGGCCUGCUCUACGAGUACCUCGUCAUCCCGUCCGCCGACGCCGCCCCGCACGGCGCGCACCAGCCGCUGGCGCCGGAGGAUUACUAGACCCCCCCCCCACCGCCGGCCGCCGGCCGCCGGUCGCCGCCGGUGUCCGGCCACAUAUGUACCAGCCGUGGUGUGUUUGCAACAAAAUUAUGUUUCUUGGUUUGUUUGUGAGUGAGAGUGAUCGAGUGGUUAAUAAGGGGUGACGUGUCAGCUUAAUUUGCCCCCAGUGCUGUGAUGGACGGUCCAGAUCAGCUCGUGUACAUUUAAAUGUUUGUUGGUUACUCGGAUGAUGUUCCGUAUGAACAGUGAACUACCUGUGUGUAAUGAUAAUAAAUAAUUAAGUUUCGAUUACAGAGUGAAAUCCAGCUCAA